AUGGCGCCGCCGCACUUCCGAUCAGAGCAGAGCCUGCACCAGUGGUACUGCAAGACCUGUGUCGGCCCGCGCGGGACGCCAUGGUUCAACUAUGCUGAUGCGCGUGAGUGUGCCAAGUGCAAGCUGGGCAAGGGGCUCUGUCUGCUUCAAGGCCGGAAGCCAGGGCGGUCUCCUUCAGCUUGGGCAGACUCGGUGCUGGUGCAGAAGCUCAAGCAGGAGUUGGCAGCCGCCAGCGCGAAGCUCAAGCGCGCUGAGGCCCCGCCCGUUGAGGCAGAAGAGGAGCUCAACGGGUCAGAUAAGGACAAGCAGAGGCUGCGGGAGCUGGGCGAGCUGCCCAAGACCGUCGAGGGCAGUGCCGAUCCUCACCUUGCGCGUGCCAAGGAGGCGUACGUCAAGGAGCAGGCGGAGCUCAAGGCGAAGUUGGCGGCGGCGCGCCCGCUGGGCCAGAGGCUGCGCGACCUCGGUGCCCAGAUCAGCAGGCAGCAGAAGUUGCAGGAGGACCAGCAGCGGCGGCUCGUGGGGAUCCGCGAGAAACUGGCGCUGCUGCAGGAGCAGGAGCAGGCGGCGCUGCAGCAGCUUGCGACACUCGACACUCAGAUGCAGGAGUUGCAGGAGCAGCAGCGGCAGCUCCAGAGCCAGGCCCCGCUGCCGCCUCAGCCCGAGCACGGCAAGGGGCAUCUGGGCGAGCCGAUCGUUGGGCUUGGCCAAACGUUGGCGGGGCUCGACCAGGUGCCCAACUCCCUCGGCGCCGAGCAUGGGCUGUCGGAGCGCCUCAAGGAGGACCUGGAGCGCCUCAAGCAGCUCAGCGAGGAGGCCAAGGCCAAGCAGCAGCGGGAGCGGGACGAAGCUGCUGCUGCCGCUGCCGAGGCCCAGCGGGCGCCUGGCGGUGGCCCGCCUGCCGAAGGCGACGCGAUGGAGCAGGAUGCGGCCGACAGCGCCGAGUUCGUCGAGGAGAUUGCCAGUGCAGGAGGCGACAAGCGUAGGAUCGAGGAGAUCAUGGCUAAGCACGGGUGCAAGCGGCACAAGGCGGUCGCUGCCUGCUGA